AUGACUGAUAAACGCCUCGUUCUUGGCUACGUGAAACAAAGCGCUGUACAUAACAGGAUUUUAGAAGAGGAAAAAUGUUGGCGUGAGCACGAAAUUCGCAAGCGUGUCGGGUCGAAACGCUGUUGUCCUAGUCGGUCCCGCUCUCGUCAUAAGUCUUCUUUAGAUCAGCGACGGGUUUCUGUUGAACGCGAAUGGCGUCGACAGCGUAAAAAGAUGAUUGAAGAAUCUUCUAAAAUCACGGCCCCUGCUGCUGCUCCUACUACAGCUCUUGAGUUUUGGCGUCAAGUCGUGCGUUGUGAUGGCGGCAUAGAAGAUCGUUGGGGACAUGAUGGUUUUGAGGAGUUAGAAUGUCCAGGUCCUCCUGUUCCACAUUCUCUUGAAAGGCGCAUUGUCACGCCUCCAAGGGUUCCUCCUCGAUCUCCUGCUCCACCCGACACAUCUCGUUCAACAACCCCAGAAUCAUCGUCCUUUUCAGAAGAAAAAAAUUACCGUAGGAAGUUCAAAGGUAGUGAUAAAUAUGUAAAGAGGUCGAAAAAGUGUAAAAGAAAUCGAAUUAAGAAAAGAAAAUUAAAGAAAUCUCGAAGUCGGUCGUUGAGUUCAUCCCCAUCGUCAUCUUGCGAUAGUGACAUCGAAUGGAUUGAGAAAUAA